CAGCACUUAAACACACCAUUGAUAGCCAGACAACGCUCGGUACUUGUAAACAACAACAAGUCGCAGCAAAAAGCUCUAUUCCCGGCAUGCAAGAAGCUGCUGUCACGCUUAACAAUAACGAUGAUUCAGAAGCUGCCCGGAAACACCAUGUAGCUACCACGCUCAACUAUUGGGACGAUCCGGGAGACGGCUCCCUCCCAACUCCCAUCUUCAUCGGCCGGGGCAGAGUCACAAACAACCGCCCACACCGCGCUCAUGAGUUUAUGAUAAACGACAUAACCGGCGAGGAGCACCAGUAUUCCCUCGACAAGCAUGGUUUUCAAUACUGUCGACACGAAAGCAGCGAGAAGGAAUUCAUCGAUGAGCAAGCCAUUCGAUCCAUCUACUACGAGGAGUGCAAAUCUCUGUUGAAACUCGUGACAGGCGCAAGCCGCAUCCACAUCUUCAACCACAAAGUCCGCCGGGGCCCGACGCAGUGGCACCAUCUAGGCUUGCAUGGAAAGAAUCUCGCAAAUCGGGGGCCGGUUACCAGAACACACGUAGACCAGUCCUACGUGGGGGCGGAGCUUAGGCUCAGAUGGGAGUUUCCCAACCCAAAAGAAGCCGACGAGCUGCUCAGGGGGAGGUACCAAAUCAUCAACAUCUGGCGGCCAAUCGCGAUUAUUCUCAAAGAUCCGAUUGCGGUGGCCGACGCCAACUCGGUUCCGGACUCGGACCUUGUCGGCGCCCGCAUGGUGGAAGACGACUUUGAGGGGGAGUCUUGGGUAGUCCGGCACAAUCCGAACCAUCGGUGGCACUUCAAGUACCGGAUGACGCCUCAGGACGUGCUUUUUAUUAAGUGCUUCGACUCAGAGACGUCCGUGGCGCGCAGGGCGCUGCACUCGGCGUUCGAAGACCUGGCUCACCGAGAUGAGGUAUCCCGGCAAAGCAUCGAGGUCAGGUGCCUGGUCUUAUAUUGAGAGAGACACGGAAAAAUGUAUGGGUUUUUCAUUUUCCUCUUUAAAUCGGAAGAGUAGUACUUCAAAGGUACUGCAAUAC